AUGACCUCACAGACCUCCAAGUUGUUCAAGCCAAUCCAGGUCGGCGCUCUUGAUCUACAGCAUCGGGUCGUCCUAGCACCCUUGACUCGUGGCCGUGCUGAUUCAGCUGGCGUUCCCGCUACCUACGCCGCGGAUUAUUACUCCCAGCGCGCUACACCUGGGGGCUUGUUGAUCACAGAAGGGACCUUCAUCUCUCUUGAGGCAUCAGGGCGCCCUUUCUCACCGGGGAUUUAUUCCAAAGAGCAGAUUGCCGCUUGGAAGCACGUCACUGGUGCAGUCCAUGCCAAAGGAGCCUUUAUCCUCUGUCAGCUCUGGGCUCUUGGACGUAUUGCCGAACCAGAUCUAGUCCCUACUGUUCUCAGCCCCGGCUCACAACCAUUCUUCGAAGAUGAUGAUGUCACACGAAAGAUUCCGGAUAACUUUACUGUCAUGGGCGAAGCUGAUAUUGAUGACUUUGUGGAGUAUUACCGACAAGCGGCUUUGAACGCUAUGGAGGCUGGUUUUGAUGGCAUCGAGAUUCAUGGCGCCAAUGGAUACCUUAUUGAUCAGUUUCUCCAAUCAACCAGCAACGACAGAACAGACCAAUACGGCGUCAGUGUCGAGAAUCGCAUCCGCUUCCCCCUCCGCGUCGUCAAUGCAGUUAGCGACGCCAUCGGCCCCGAGCGCGUCGGUAUCCGCAUGUCACCAUUCACGCGCUUUCAAGGAAUGCGAGAAGCCGAACCGCUAUCACUCUUCGUUCCUUGGGCGCAAGCUAUUGUAGAUGCUCAACCCCAUAUCGCGUACAUUCACGCCAUCGAGCCUCGAGCAGAUGGGUCGAUGGAUACACCUGAGCAUUUACGCAAGGUCGAGGAUACUUUAGCGCCUAUCAGAGAGGUAACUACCCGUACUGGUGUGCAGUUUAUUGUGGCCGGGGGAUAUACGCCUGAGAAGGCACUGCAGCAUACUAGUGAGACAGAUGACCUCGUGGCCUUUGGGCGUCACUUCAUUCCCAACCCUGACCUCCCUGCGAGAAUCAAGAAUGGCUGGUCGUUGACCAAGUACGAUCGCUCCGUCUUCUACGAGGUCAACGAGGUUGGAUAUAGCGAGUGA